GGAACUUGCAACAUCGCAAAUUGUCGAGGCGAUGUCUACAAAAAUUAUUUAGUAGUCGGCGACCAUGACCCUCAAUACAGGAUAAUUCUUCCAUUUGUACUCAAGGUACUUUAAAUCAUUUAUAGUGAGUACAAGUAAUUUAUAUAUAUUUCAAACAGUUGAAUAAUAAUUAUGUAAUUAAUUAACCCAUUACCAACGCUCGGAAGUAUCAGUGGAAAAAAUGCUCACCAAAAGUUCUUUUAGAAAUAUCUCGUCCAACCUGCACCACUUGAACUCGUCUUCUUUUCCAGGAGGUGGGACCAGAUUUAGCUACCGGAAAUGAAAAAUGGCCACCAAGACAUUUGUAAUCCUCAUAGUGAACGUGUGCUUGGUAUAUGCCGUGAAGCGAUGUUGUGAUGACGAAAAUAACUUCUUAACGACAGAUUUGAAGCAAUGCUUGGACGGUUCGAAGAUAGACAUCGCUCCUGCCUGUACUCUCUUCGCUGUAGAAGAAGAUCUGACUAGCACUCGAGUGGAUUCCGAGGGCGUUUUAUACCUUGAUGGCGAGCCAGUGCCACGUCAUCAGUACUGUUAUGCCUCGGAUCAAAACACAACUAAACAUUUAUAUGUAUUAUGCGGGGACGAUGAUAGUGACGAAACGUCGAUCGAUAUACUGAAAAAUGUCUGCGAAAUGAUCUCUGUGUUUUUUAUGAUUCUCACUGUCGUCAUCUACAUAUCUUUACCGCCUAUGAUGGAUCUGCAGGGUGAGGCUAUAGUGAAUUCAAUAUCGGGAAAGGCAUUGGCAUAUCUUACACUGGUAGCUAUCUAUAUUAUACCAUAUUUGGAAGAUGUAUCCUGUUAUAUUGCUGCUUAUUUCCUGUAUAUAUCGUUCUUGUACGCAUUUUUCUGGCUGAACAUCCUCUGUUUUCAAAUAUGGAGACAAGUCGUGAAUCCACCGCUGUUGAACCAUAUAAAAAACUGGAAAAUGGUUUAUUACAUUUAUGGUAUUGGAGGGCCCAUAUUUUGUUGGGCUGUUUUGACUCUAAUUCAGCAUUCAGACUUCGAGCCCUUAAAACACGUCCAUCCUGGUAUAGGAGAAAUUAGGUGUUGGUUCAAGACUAUGAGAGAACAAAUGAUCUAUUUCUACACACCUAUUUCGAUCCUGAUCACCACAAAUAUAAUAUAUUUUGUAUGGACUAUCGUGGUACUGUCUAAACAAUACACUAACAGCAGAACAAAUCAAGUUUUCAAGUACAGGGUGAAGUUGUACAUCAAAUUAUUCUUCAUAAUGGGCAUCUCCUGGCUGUUCGAAGUUAUAUCUAGCGCCACCGAAAACCACUCUAGUUUAAAGUGGUUAUGGGUGGUCACCGAUAUUAUAAACUCCUUGGAAGGCCUGACGAUCUUUUUGAUAUUGGUGGUGUUCCGGAAAAAAGUUAUGAGGCAUCUAGCGAAUAAGAGCGUUUGCAGAUGCCUGAAACUUCCAUCUGCAUGGAAAAAUCUCGAAGACACCGAAUGCGAACCAAUCGAAUACGAAGUUUCGAUGACCUCAGACGGCGAAAAAAUUUAGCAUUACUACGAAUUUUAUGUAUAAGUGUAAUUUGUAAAAUCCAUUUUGUGGCUGUUUCUCUACUCCAUUGGGAGUGACCUUGACGUUACAAAUUACGUCGUCCAUCUGGAGUGUCGAUUCACGAUUUUUUUUAUUCAUCAACAGUGUAAAUACAACAUUUUUAACAUACCGAAUAUGAUUUUAAUUUAACCGACAAAAAUGACAUGAAGUUGCGUGAUAUAGGAAUUUGACAGCUAUCCAAAUGUGACAUUUUAAUAGUUAGAAACUGGCUGGACGAAAGGAUCGGCCGUGGAGGACCAGUCGCCUGGCCUCCACGAUUCCCUGACCUAAAUCCAUUAGAUUUCUUUGUGUAGGGAUUUCUAAAAGAAAAAGUGUACCAGACUCCCGUAACCACAAGAGAUAUGCUAAUAGACAGAAUCAGGAAUGCAUGUGAUGAAAUAAGGCCUUAUUUGAAUAAUGCUAUACCACGUUCGAACAUUCGUAGAUGUGAAUUGUGUAUUGAACAAUUGGGUUUACAUUUCGAGCAACUACUUUAGAUUUUGUAUGUUUGUCCUAACUAUCCAAUAGCAUUUUAGUUGUAAAUAAUUAAUUUAAUUUGUUAAAAAUAAUAUUGGAAAAUUAAACAAAUUAAUAUUCUGUUUUUUGUGUUUAUUUGGAGUUAGGAAUUAUUGCUGUGUUUAAAAACACAAUCUACACGAUCAUCUUAAUUACUUGUAAUGCCCAAAUCGAAAAUGUAAAAAAAAAUAUUUUCCCAUAAGAAAUUAAAAAUGUUUGUUAUUUGUUUUUCAUAAUUACAUGGAAUAGUUUUUUUUUGUUUUACUACUUUUUAUUUUUUAUACGUUUUGACAAUUUAUUGUCUUUUAGCUUACUAUCGUUAUUUUUUGUUUUAUACUUAUUAAAAAUCGCUUUUAUUUUGCUACUGUCGUUUGUU